GUGUGCGUCCACCGCGGCACCGUCUACCCCGUGGGCCAGUUCUGGGAGGAGGGCUGCAACACCUGCACCUGUACGGACCUGGAGGACGCCGUGCUGGGCCUGCGCGUGGCCCAGUGCUCCCAGAAGCCCUGCGAGGACAGCUGCCGCUCGGGCUUCACCUACGUGCUGCGCGAGGGCGAGUGCUGUGGACGGUGCCUGCCCUCGGCCUGUGAGGUGAUGACCGGCUCCCCGAGGGGGGACUCCCAGUCUUCCUGGAAGAACGUGGGCUCUCGCUGGGCCUCCCCCCGGGACCCCUGCAUCAUUCACGAGUGCGUGCGCGUCAACGAGGAGGUCUUCGUGCAGCAGCAGAACGUCUCCUGCCCGCAGUUGGACGUCCAGGCCUGCCCCACGGGCUUCCAGCUGGCCUGCCACACGGAGGGCUGCUGCCCUGUGUGUCGCUGUGAGCCUGUGCAAGCCUGCGUGCUCAACGGAACCAUCAUCGGGCCCGGGAAGAGCCUGAUGAUUGACGUGUGCACUUCCUGCCACUGCACCCUGGAGGAGGGCGUCGUGUCAGGGUUCAAGCUGGAAUGCAGCAAGACCACGUGCAAGGCCUGCCCGCCGGCCUACGAGGAAGAGAAGGUCCAAGGAGAAUGCUGUGGAAGGUGCCUGCCGACAGCCUGCACCAUUCAGCUUCGGGGAGGACAGACCCUCACACUGAAGCGUGAUGAGACACUUCAGGAUGGUUGUGACACCCACUUCUGCAAGGUCAAUGAGAGAGGAGAGUACAUCUGGGAGAAGAGGGUCACGGGCUGCCCUCCCUUUGAUGAGCAGAAGUGUCUGGCCGAGGGGGGAAAAGUCUUGAAAAUACCCGGGACCUGCUGUGACACCUGUGAGGAACCUGAGUGCAAGGACAUCACUGCCAGGCUGCAGUAUGUCAAAGUGGAGAGCUGUAAGUCGGAAGUGGAAGUGGACAUUCAUUACUGCCAGGGCAAGUGUGCCAGCAAGGCCGUGUACUCCAUCGACACGGAGGACGUGCAGGACCAGUGCUCCUGCUGCUCGCCCAGCCGCACGGAGCCCAUGCGGGUGCCCCUGCGCUGCACCAAUGGCUCCGUCGUCUACCACGAGAUCCUCAACGCGCUGCAGUGCAAGUGCAGCCCCCGGAAGUGCAGCAAGUGAGGCCGCCGCGCCCCUGGACGGGCGACCCCUC